UUCCUUUUCAAUUGCCUCUUUGCAACACCACCAUAACUAUGUCUUCUCCCCGUGAUCUGCCUCAAGAUGGAGGCAUCGCCGAUCAUCCCAACCACUUAGUAGCCGAUUCGCAAGAUGAUACUGAUAGCGAUGCUGAUUCUGCCCUUGCCCUGUCUCUGGCGAGUUCAUCGGAAUCGCUUGCUUCGAGUAUUAUGAGACAUCGUCAAGAAAACGGAUAUGUGCUGCCGAAUGAUGAGACAGAGAAUGAUCGACUCGACCUACAGCAUAUGCUCUUUACCCUAACGUUUGACGGGAAACUUUCCAACCUACCAAAAAGCACAGGGUUUUCGCCCCGAAGAGUUCUAGAUGCUGGAACUGGGACCGGUGUCUGGGCUAUCGAUUAUGCUGAAGAUCAUCCUGAAGCACAGGUUGUCGGCAUCGAUCUCAGCCCCACACAACCCAGCUUCGUUCCUCCUAAUCUCACAUUUUACAUCGAUGACAUAGAAGAUCAGUGGACGUUUUCGUACAAAUUCGACAUGAUUUAUGCUCGCAUGAUGACAGGAUCAAUUCGCGACUGGCCGAAGUUCAUCCAACAAAGUUACGACAAUCUGGAGUCAGGCGGUUGGCUUGAAUUAUCAGAUAUUAUUCUACAACUCCACUCUGAUGACGAUACUAUUCCUGAGGGAUGUGCAGCUGCCAAAUGGGGUGACCUGAUGCUCGAAGCAGCUGACAAGUUCGGAGCCCCUCUGGACAGCUGUCUACGGUAUAAGCAGCAACUACUCGAUGCAGGGUUUGUGGAUAUCGUUGAGACUAUCUACAAGUGGCCAACCAAUCCCUGGCCACGCGAUCCCAAGUUCAAGGAGAUGGUCUUGCUCUAUUCACCCGUGCUUUGGGCUGGACCGCAGAGCAGGUCGAGAUUUUCUUGGUAGAUGUUAGGAGAGAUAUGAAGAACCGAGCUAUACAUGGGUGGUGGCCUAUUUAUGUCGUUUAUGGA